AUCAGUAUUUACUUAAUAUAUAUCUCAGAAAUAACUUGAUAUAUUUCUAAUAAGAAAGAAAAUUUCUUUAAAAAAAAAAAUUUAUUAUUAAUAUUAAAUUCAUGCUUAAAUAGACUUUUUUCUAAAACUUUAGUUAUUGAUAUUAAGGAAUACUUAAAUAUAUCCGAACAAAAAUCAAAACGAAUUUAUCAAUGUUACAUUGAAUAUGCAGCAAACUAGUGUCGAAGAGUUUUUAGCAAGACCUUAUCAAAUACAGCUUUUAGAUUUGGCAAAGAAAUCCAACACUAUUUUAUGUCUUGGAACUGGAACAGGAAAAACAUUCAUUAGUGUUAUGUUAAUAAAAGAAAAACAACACGAAAUAAAAGGAAGUUUUGAAGAAAGAGGAAAAAGAACUUUUUUUCUUGUUUGCACAGUACCUCUUGCAUACCAACAAUCAAAAGUAAUUUCAGAAAAUAUUGCUCUCAAUGUUGGAUGUUACACUGGAGAUAUGGGUGUUGAUUUUUGGGAUGAAACUAGAUGGAUAGCAGAGUUUAAUAAAAAUGAUGUUUUUGUCAUGACAGCACAGAUUCUUGUAGAUAUUUUAGAAAAAUCAAUAUUCUGUUUGUAUAACAUUAACCUAAUUAUCAAAGUGUAUUACUUGUUCAGACCGACAAGCAACAUUAAGAUUUGCAGCCAAACCAAGUGAAACAGUUCAAACAUUUAAACAAGGUUAUUCUGUAAACGGUAUUUUAGAGUUUGCACCUGUUAUUGAAUCUAUGAAAAGCAUUUUUGAUACAAGUUUGGAUUACUUUUCAUGUUUGGCUAAGGAAAAGAAGACAAGAUUUAACAGACUGUCAUUUGAUGAUUUGCUAAAUGAGAAACUUCAACUCUCUGAGAGAAAUGCUUGUGCAAUAUCUGUUGAUGCAAUGAGGUAUUGUAAAGAAAUUUUAGAAUCACUUGGUCCUUUAUGUGUGUUUUGGGCUGCCCAAAUCUUGCUAAAGCAAAUUGAUAAUCACAUUAAACGAAGAAUGCUAAAUAGAGAAAUAAAAGAUGUAUUGACGAAAUGCAAAGAAUCUUUAAACAAAGUUAUUAAAGAAUUUGAAGAUGAAGCUGUUUAUGUUUUUUCUUCCAUUGAAAAUAUUAUUCCAGUUGAACCACUUUUGACAACAAAAGCAGCCAGUUUUUUGAGGGAUGUGUUGUUAGCAGAAAAGAAUUCUUUUAAAGAAUUGCAUGCUAUUGUGUUUACACAAAGAAGAUGUACUGCUGUUGUGCUCAGCAAGUUAAUAAACUAUCAAGUUGAAAAGGAUGAAACAUAUAAAGGUUUGAAUAGUGACUAUAUUCUUGGACAUGCUUUUGAUGCUAAUAUCUGCCUUGCAGAUGGUGCUAUGAGAUCGAAAAAGCAAAAUUUGGUUUUGUCAAAUUUUAAGCAGGAUAAGUUUAAUGUUUUGGUUUCAACAAGUGUUGUUGAAGAAGGGCUUGAUGUUCGUAAAUGUAAUUUAGUCGUACGUUUUGAUGGUAUAAAUAAUUAUAGAGAAUAUGCCCAAUCAAAGGGAAGAGCACGAGCAAGUGGGUCUAAAUUUAUUAUUAUGACAGAAGAAAGACAAGAGCUCGAAACACCAAGAAACAACAUUUAUGAUGUCAUGCAACAAAUUGAGGAAAUCUUGUUUGAACAAUGCCAAAAUCGUGUUCUACCAACAGAUGAAGAAAUUGAAAUUGAGAUGAUGAAUGAAGAAGAUGAAAAUCUUCCUGUAUAUUUUUCGCAUAAUGGUUAUGAUGCACCCCGAAUAACUAAAGAUAAUGCUAUUUCACUUUUAUACAGAUAUUGUUCACGGUUGCCAUCAGAUCAAUAUUGUAAAACCAAUCCUAAAUUUCAAUAUCAUAUUUUAGAAAAUCAGUUUUGUGCAGAAUGUAUGCUUCCAUUAAAUUGCCCAUUACCCCAAAGAAUUUAUAAGGGUGACCAGAUGUCUUCCAAGGACUUGGCAAAGAAGUCUGUAUGCAUGAUAAUCUGUAAAGCACUUCAUUUAUUUGGUGAGUUAAGCACUGAACAUUUACUUCCUAUGCGAUAUAAUGAUGAUAAUGGUUUAGAGUCUGAUUCUGGUUCAAAAAUUAAGCAAAAAAGUAUAAAUGAGCCCUUUUCUAGAAAGAUUCCAAAAGAAAUGGUUUCUAAUAAUAUAUUUUGUUUUGAUGAUUAUGAUUUAUUUGCUGUUUGUAUAACUUUAUCUGAAGCAAGUAAAAGAGAAGAUACUAUUCCCCUACAAAAACUUUGGCUUCAAGAAGCAUUCUCUGGUUUUGGAUUGUUUUUGCCUAAAAAUAAUUUAAAACUUCCUUCCUUUGAUUUAUUUUCAGUUGUUGGUAAGCUAAAGAUUGAGCUUAUAAAGAUACCAAGCAGAAUAAGAUCUGAAUGUGACAUUAAUAUCGAUGAUAUAAAAAAUUUUCAUAUAAAUGUUGUUACUGAAUCUUGUUUAAAACUUGUAGAUGGACUCAUGUCUUUUAAUAUAAAUGAUGCAAAGGUGACUAAAGCAUUAUUUGUUCCUCUUCAUUCAGAUGUGUUUAAAGCUAUUAGAGAUGACUGUUAUGAGUUUAUGUUUCCUGUCAUUAAUAAAAGACUUCUUAAUUUUACAAAAGAAAAACUAAAAGAUAACUUGGAUGAUGAGGAAAAUUAUGUAAACUGUGUUGUUAGCAAGAAUUAUGGCGAAUCAAAAAAUCGAAUGUACUAUGUUACAGCAAUUAGUAGCUUGAAUACAAGCAGUUUUAUGGAGGGCAACAAAACAUUUGUUCAGUAUUACUUAGAGAAGUACAACAUAGAAAUCUCACCAAACAAGCCAUUAAUAGAUGCAAUUUCGUACUCACAACAAAUUUCAUUCACUAAUUUUGAAUCAAACACUAAUAAGAAAAAAAAAUAUAUUAACACGGAAAAACUUGUGCCCAAACUGUGUAAAAAAGUUUCUUUUUUUCGAGCAGAUUUGCAUCUUCAGUUGCCAUGUUUGCCAAGAAUAAUUUAUUUUUAUGAGUAUUAUUUCUUAGCUCUAGAAUUGAAAGACAUGAUUGCAGAAAAAAUUAAAAUAAAUAAAUCAGAGAAUCAGGGAAGGUAUCAAUCUUCAGUAUUGGAUUUAGAAAACCUGCUUCAACUGAAAAACUAUGUUACAGAAAAUGUAAAAUCUCCUAGUGUUUUGAAGAUUUUUGAAGCUUUAACAACUAGGCAAGCAAAUAUGCCAUUUGAUUUAGAACGCCUUGAAAUUCUUGGGGAUUCUUUUUUAAAACAAGCUGUUUCAAUUUUUGUAUUUUUUCAGAAUCCUAGUUUCCAUGAGGGUAAACUAACUAUAAGGCGUAAAAAUUGCAUCAGUAACGAAAAUUUGUGUAAAGUUGGAAAGAGUGUUGGUAUUCAAAAUAUAAUUUGCAAUUCACAGUUUGGUACUAAAAGUUCUAAUUCUGAAAAUAGAAACCCAUGGACAGUGUGGUUACCUCCUGGAUAUCUUCGUGCUGAACUUGAUGAUAUAAAAAGGUACACAUAUCAAAAUGUCCAACCCAAAUCAAUAGCAGAUUGUGUUGAAGCAUUAAUUGGUGUUUAUUUUGAAGUAGGUGGUGUAAACUUGGCAUUAUGCUUCAUGCAACAUUUUUUAAAUAUCCCUGUUUUGCAUUCUAGUUUACAAAAUGGGCAAAAUUUUAUGAUACCCAGUCAUUACGCUGAUUACCCUUGCGCAUCAAGAUCAGCUUGUAUUGAUUCUAAUGCUGAACAUAAAUUGUAUGAGCACUAUAACUUACACAAGUUUGAAGAUCUGAUUUCAUACAAGUUUUCAAACAAAUCUCAUUUGAUUCAAGCUUUUACUCAUCUUUCAUAUCUGUCAAACAGUGUAACUGGAUGUUACCAACAGUACGAAUUUUUAGGUGAUGCUAUAUUAGAUUUCUUAAUAACUCUUCACAUUCAAAGUAAUACCCAAAACCUAUCUCCUGGUCAGUUGACUUAUUUUCGCUCAGCUGUAGUCAACAACAAUACAUUUGGCCUGUUGGCGAUUAAACAUUCGUUUUACAAAUACAUUUACUCGUCUUCUAAUGAACUGUUUUCAAGUUAUAAUAGCUUUAUUGAAAUAGUUAAAGAUGAUCAGGGAUUGAAAGAUGAAUAUUUUGAGAGCCCAUUUGUUAUUUGUCCAACUGAAAGUGAAGAAGGUUACCAAGCUCCAAAAGUAUUGGGGGAUUUAUUUGAAUCUGUUGCUGGUGCAAUAUUUCUUGAUAGUGGAUUAGAUUUAGUUACAGUAUGGAAGAUCUACUAUCCUCUGUUAAAACCUGUUAUUGAAAAGUACAUGAUCAAAUUACCACGGCAUCCAGCUGUUGAUCUUUUUGAAAAGUAUCCUCAAGCAAACAUAAAUUUUACAAACGGAGAAGUAGUCACUUGCACUGUCAAAUUUGGCAAAGAUAACGGUACAGAGAUUAAAGCAUGUGGUCAGAAUAAGAAAAUAGCUAAAGCAGCUGCUUGUAAACGUGCUUUAGACUACGAUUCAAAUAUAUAGUAACGUCUCGCAAAAUUAAUAAGUUAUAAGUUUUAACUUCGUUAAUUUUAAUAGAUUUUAAGUCUUAACUUGCUAAAAAUAUUUGGUUCGGUUGCUGAGCUGUCUGUGUUUUAAAAUUUUAAAUUUUAAAAUUAUAUUUAAAAAUUUUUUAUCAAAAGUUGAUAUAAUUCAAAAAAUCUAGAAACUUUAAAAUGUUCUAGUAUAUAUAGAAAGCUAUAAGCUCAUAAAAAGAUUCAGAAUUUAAUUAAAUAAUAAUCAUUUAGUUUUGUUUUUAUUUAAUUUGAUUUUAUAAAGUUUUGCUUACACAUGUUAUUGGUGGAUAAUCGAAUAUCGUUACGAAAUGUACAGCAAGGGUGGGUUUGGUUGUAUAUGAAAUAAAUUUUUUUGAAACUU